GUCGUGUGAAUAAAAGUAGGGUUGUGCUCCGUCAGUUCUCCCACUCAAGCAUCAAAGGCUUGUAAUUUGCAAAAGUCAAUGCAGCAGUUUAUGCCUUUGUUCCUUUUCAAGCCUUUGACUAGUGGUAGGUUAAGAACAGAAGUGGUUUGUUCAGCUGAAACUUCAUGAAGAAAUUUCCCUCAGCCAUUUUCACAUCCCAAGGUCAAAAUUCUUGUGUAAUGCAUUGCAUUCCUUGUCAUGCGCAUUGUUCUUUUGCACUUGCUUAUCGAAAGGCGCAGCCAUUUGCUGUCGCCCACCCCCUGUUGCAAUUGCAGGACGGUGAUACAUUCGAGCAGAUGGGCAACGCUUUCCCAAUUGACCCAGUGCCCUCCAAUAUUGCCUAUUUGAAGAAAGCAAUUAAGGCAGAGAAGCCGAACAAAGUGAAGUGUGACGCAGAUGAAAUUUUUAGCCAACAGGAUGGAAAGUGGAUAAAAGAAGAAAAGAUGUCGGCAAGCCUUCGCGACACGGAUGAGACAGAUUGCUAUGGCUUCACAUUGCCAUCAGCGUGAGUGCUUUUCUCAGCAGCGUUACGCCUAGCGUUCCACUUGUCUUGCCCUUCUGUGGCUGAGGUGAAACCAAUUGAGAGCAAGGGUUCCCAAUAGUUUCAACGAAUUCCAUCUUUGGAGUAAAUGUAGAGUGGAUGUCGCUGUGGCAUGACCGUGCAUCACUCACAAGAUAUGAGACACUGCGUUGACACUCUUGUCCAGC